AUGCGUAAUGUUUUAAUCUUCGGGCAGCGGCGAGCUGAUAAGUAUGGCGUGUCUGUUAAUAACUUUGACUUACGCAGGUUUUGCGAGUUGGAAUGGCCCGCCUUCAAGGUUGGCUGGCCCGACACUGGGACCCUAGACAUAGGGGUGGCGGCUGCCGUCCGCCGAGUUGUGGAUGGAAACCCAGGCCACCCGGACCAAAUCCCAUACAUCACCAUUUGGAUAGAUAUUAUAGUAGACAACCCUAAGUACCUAAAGGACUGCGGGUGCCGACCCCUCGGCGCCACUAAGGUCCUCGUAUCCAGCACUCUAGGGUCCAAAGUUGCUCGGAACCCUCAGCCCCGCCUGAGGAAGAAGUUUUUCCCCAACCAGACUCCACCGGUCCUCCAAGCCCCCCCCACACCCGAAAUCCUCCUACGGGGACUACGGGCGGCGGCCAGAAAGCCGACUAAUCUCUCUAAGAUAACCGAGGUCCGGCAGGGGCCAACGGAAAGUCCUACGGCCUACCUGGAACGACUAUAUCAGGCCUACCGGACCUGGACCCCCAUAGACCCUGGGAGUCCUGAUAAUCAGGCAGCUAUAGGCCGUCGGGGUCCCUCAGCCCUCCAGGAACCCAGGCUAAAAUUAAAAGUCGGGGGGCAAUUGAUUGAUUUUCUGGUUGACACAGGGGCAACCCAUUCAGUAGUGCAGAAACCCGUUGGUCCGGUGACAAAGGACACGGUGACUAUUGUUGGGGCCACCGGGGCCACGCGCAGGUACCCUAAAACGGAAGGUCGGAUUGUUGAUCUAGGGAAGGGAUUGGUAACACACUCCUUCCUAGUUAUUCCCGAAUGCCCUGACCCCCUGUUGGGACGGGACCUCUUGCACAAGUUAAGGGCCACCAUCAUAUUUUCCGAAGCAGGGACCCCUGAAAUUAGAACUGAAGGCAAGUUACUGCUGUCCUCACCCUUGGUGGAGGAGUAUCGUCUGUUCGUUGAACAACCUGCACAGAACCUCGCCCUCUUAGAUUUAUGGAGGGAGGAUAUCCCCGAAGUAUGGGCAGAAUCGAACCCCCCGGGACUCGCUACUACCCAAGUCCCCGUGCAUGUCCAGCUUACCAGCACAGCCCUGCCGAUCAGAAUAAGGCAAUACCCUAUAAGUUUGGAGGCCAGGAGGAACCUCAGGGGGAGUAUUCGGAAAUUUAAGGAGGCAGGAAUAUUGAGACCCGUCCACUCCCCUUGGAAUACCCCCCUCCUACCCGUCCGGAAAACUGGGACCUCGGAAUACCGCAUGGUACAGGACCUGAGGGAGGUGAAUAAGCGAGUGGAAACCAUACACCCCACUGUUCCCAACCCUUAUACUCUCCUCAGCCUUCUGCCACCUGACCGAACAUGGUAUUCGGUCCUAGACCUUAAAGACGCAUUCUUCUGUAUACCUUUGACUUGUCAAUCACAACUCCUGUUUGCGUUCGAAUGGGUAGACAUGGAGGAGGGAGAGUCGGGCCAAUUGACCUGGACCAGACUGCCCCAGGGAUUUAAGAACUCCCCCACCUUGUUUGAUGAAGCUUUGAGUAGAGAUUUGCAGGGAUAUCGAUUUGACCACCCAACAGUGACGCUCCUCCAGUACGUGGACGACCUUUUGAUUGCCGCCGGGAGUCGAGAUGAAUGCCUCCAAGCUACUAGGGACCUGCUGGUCGCUCUAGGAUCAAUGGGGUACCGCGUGUCAGGCAGCAAGGCCCAGCUGUGCCAGGAGGAGGUCACUUACUUGGGAUUCAAGAUCAAGGACGGGACCAGGACGUUGGCCCAGAGCCGGGUCCAGGCCAUCCUACAGGUCCCAGCCCCGAAGACCAAGAAGCAGGUACGAGAGUUCCUGGGCACGGUCGGUUACUGCAGGCUCUGGAUCCCCAGCUUCGCGGAGUUGGCACAGCCCCUAUACGCCGCCACCCGAGGGGGCGAUGCCCCCCUACGAUGGACCGGUACCGAAGAAGAAGCCUUCCAGCGGUUGAAAACGGCCCUGCUACAACCACCUGCUCUGGCCCUGCCCAAUCUGGACAAGCCCUUCCAGCUUUUUGUAGACGAGGCCAAGGGUGUUGCCAAGGGGGUGCUCAUGCAGACUCUCGGCCCCUGGAAGAGACCAGUGGCGUAUCUCUCAAGAAAACUGGACCCCGUGGCCGCCGGAUGGCCCCGCUGUCUGCGGGCCAUUGCAGCCGCCGCCCUCCUGUCCAAGGAAGCCUCGAAGUUGACCUUCGAACAGAGUUUGGAGAUCACCUCAUCUCACAACCUGGAGGGUCUCCUGCGCACGCCCCCGGACAAGUGGCUGACCAACGCUCGAGUAACCCAGUAUCAGGUCCUGCUCCUGGACCCACCCCGGGUGAUCUUCAAGCAAACUGCGGCACUUAAUCCCGCAACCCUGCUGCCAGCAACCGACGACUCCUUGCCCCUGCAUCACUGCGCGGACACCCUGGAUGCCCUAACCACCACCCGCCCGGAUCUGACUGACCAACCCCUUGCCGACGCCGAGGCCACGCUCUUCACUGAUGGAAGCAGCUACGUGAAGGAAGGCCUGAGGUAUGCGGGGGCGGCCGUGGUGACAACGAACUCCAUCGUCUGGGCUGAGGCACUCCCGAGAGGGACGUCGGCCCAGAGGGCUGAACUUAUAGCCUUAACCAAGGCGCUGGAAUGGAGCAGGGAUAAGACUGUGAACAUCUACACCGACAGCCGUUAUGCGUUUGCUACCCUGCACGUACAUGCAAUGAUCUACAAGGAAAGGGGACUGCUGACCGCCGGGGGCAGGGCCAUCAAAAACGCCUCUGAAAUUUUAGCUCUUCUAACGGCCAUCUGGCUGCCAAAGCGUGUCGCCGUCAUCCACUGCAGAGGGCACCAACAAGGUAAAUCGUUGGAAGCCUUGGGAAACCGGCUGGCUGACAAGACAGCCCGGGAGGUCGCUAAGAAGUCACCGGCGAUUCAGGCCUCCCUGAACGACUCGCCCCGUACCCCAGUCGACUGGGUCCCCGCGGACACCCCACAGUAUACGAAAGAGGAAGAAGCUCUCGGCCAGCGGCUUGGCGGAACCGCUGACCCGACCGGCUGGUGGCGACUCCCUGACGGGCGGAUCCUACUCCCAAAAGCAGUAGGGAGGCGGAUAGUCGAGCAAACCCACCGUGCUUCCCAUCUUGGGGAAUCCAAACUGGCCGAGGUCAUACGAAAGCACUACCUCAUCUGUGGCAUCUACGGGGCAGUAAAAGACGUGGUGCGCAGAUGCGAGGCCUGCGCUCGGGUGAAUGCACAAUCCGUCCCCGCCAGCUCGGCCGAGAACGUCCGCAACCGAGGACUGGCCCCUGGGGAACAUUGGGAAAUUGACUUUACCGAAAUGACUCCAGCCCGGGGCGGCUACAAGUACUUGUUGGUCCUGGUGGACACCUUCUCCGGGUGGGUGGAGGCUUACCCGGCGAGGGGGGAAACGGCUCAGAUUGUCGUCAAGCACCUGGCAAAUGAUCUAGUCCCGCGGUUUGGACUGCCACUUCGUAUUGGGUCUGACAAUGGUCCGGCUUUUGUUGCAAAGAUAACUCAGCAGCUGGCUUCCGCGCUCCGGAUCACCUGGAAACUGCACUGUGCGUACCGGCCCCAGAGUUCUGGGCAGGUGGAAAGGAUGAAUCGGACUUUGAAAGAAACUAUCACCAAAUUGAAGAUGGAGACUGGGGGUGAUUGGGUUGCGCUUCUCCCCCAGGCCCUCUUCCGGGCCCGGUGCACACCAGGGAGGGAAGGCCUGUCCCCUUUUGAGAUUGUCUAUGGUCUGAGGCCCCCCCUGGUGCCCCGAGUCGGCCUUGACCAGCUUGCCGAAGUCACCCAUCGGUCUUUGCUUAAGUCCUUACAGGCGCUGCAGGCCACGCGGUCCCUCGCCCGGACGACCUUGGCAGAUCAGCAACCUGGGGCGGAGGUCCAUCGAGAAAGGGAGCCCCUCUUCCAGCCUGGGGACCUUGUCUACGUAAAGACACCCGACCCUCGGCAGCUCGCUCCCCGUUGGGACGGGCCCUUCACUGUCGUUUUGAGCACUCCCACUGCCGUGAAGCUCAUUGAGGAUGUCCAGGCUCUUUCAGGCACCAUCCGCGAUCUACAGGACCAGAUUGACUCCCUUGCUACGGUGGUCCUACAGAACCGGAGGGGUCUAGACCUGCUGACGGCUGAACAGGGCGGGAUCUGCCUAGCCCUAAGGGAACAUUGUUGCUUCUACGCUAAUAAAUCCGGGAUCGUUCGGGACAAGAUCCGCAAGCUCCAGGAGGACUUGGCCGUGCGGCGGCAGGAGCUGGCCAACAACCCCCUCUGGAGCGGCUUCAAUGGGCUCCUCCCUUAUCUGCUGCCACUUCUGGGCCCCUUGUUUGCGUUGAUCCUUGUGUUGUCUAUCGGCCCCUGCCUGUUUAGAACUGGCGCGCGCAUGCUCCAGGACAGGCUGCAGGCUAUUAAAGUCCUGGCCCUGAUGUCCCCGUAUCAGCCGGUGCCCUCUGAGGACCCCUCCCCCGCGUAACCUUGCGUUUGGCUUCUGUACCCACGCUUUGCUGAUCGGUCAAAGAUUUGCCCUUCACUGACAAAAAGCAGUGGGGAAUGUGAGGCUUGAAGAGGCUUGAGUCUCUACAACUAGACAGACUCCAUCUUGUUAGACAGACUCCAAUUUGUGGAAAAUGCCUUGUCACGCGGUUGGGCAGGGAGCCAGAACUUCUGGCCUGCAGCCCGGCCCCAACCCCCUUAUCGGGAAGCACCUGGCAGGGCGGUUACCGUCAGCCUAACGGCCCCUUGGGCAACCAGGCCAGUAAAACAAGGAAGGAACAUUUGCAUAACCGCUCCCCAGACCCCUAUAAAGGAUGUAAAGUUGUGCUCGUGGGCUGCUGCCGCUUCCCAAGCCUUACUAUAAGGCGGUAGCCCAGAUUUAAAUCUGCAAUAAAGCUUCGACCUGCCCUCUUUGGCGCUGGGCAGGUCACCUAAAUUCUG